GGCCCAAAAUUGACAGACAAAAUGGCCGCUGUUCAUUCUCAAAUAGCGUAAAAAUAUGGUAUAUCAAGGUUGUGGGCCCUAUAGAGGUCACAAUUUUUAUCCGAUUUUGUUGAAACUUGAAAUAUAAGUUUAUAACCCAAAGAUCUCGGUUCCUUUCAAUAUUUGCCCAUAUCGGACCGUAACUUCCUGAAUUAUGGCCCCUGAUUGUACGAAAAAUGAUGUUAUUAGCUUGUGGACCCAUUAGAGGUCAUAAUUUUUAUCCGAUUUAAAAAACCGUAUUAUUAUAUUACCGUUCCACCCUAAGGACAGUUGAGUUUGAAUUUUGUGAAAAUCGCCCCAAAAUUGACAGACAAAAUGGCCGCCGUUCGUUCUCAAAUAGCGUAAAAAUAUGGUAUAUCAAGGUUGUGGACCCUAUAGAGGUCACAAUUUUUAUCCGAUUUUGUUGAAACUUGAAAUGUAAGUUUAUAAGACAAAGAUCUCAGUUCCUUUCGAUAUAUGCGCAUAUCGAAUUGUAAUUUCCUGAAUUAUGACCCUUGAUUGUAGGAAAAAUCACUUUCUUGUUAGCUUGUUCUCUAUCCAUCUCUCAAAAAUGUGGGGCUGCAGUCCUGGGUCUAAUAGCAUUUCAUAAGUAAAUCGUAGGGGCCGCAGUCCCGGAUUUACAAGAGUUUCAUACGUAGAUUGUAGGGGCCGCAGUCCCGGGUCUACCAGCAGUUCAUAAAUAAAUCGUAGGGGCCGCAGUCCCGGAUUUACCAGAAAUUUCAUACGUAGAUUGUAGGGGCCACAGUCCCACGUCUACCAGCUGUUCAUAAAUAAAUCGUAGGGGCCGCAGUCCCCGAUUUACAACUUUAAUUGUGGUAUUAAGCAGGGCCGCAGUCCUGGUUUACUUAACGUUUAAGUAUAUCUAGUUUAUUGUUAUAAUAGGGCCGCUAAGUCUCGCGACGAUUUCUUCGGUAAUCUACUUCCGGUGACAGGCAGACGGCACAAUGUCAAAAUGGUGUUAUGUUUUGUGUAUGGUUGUAGCCACCGAAGUGAUAGGGAGAGUUGUAGUUUCUUCCGGUUUCCCCCAAGUAAAAAAUUGUUGUGGGGUCGUUUAUCAAGGAGAUCUGAUAGACUACCUACCUCUGAAAAUGACAGGAUAUGUUCCUGUCAUUUCAGAGACGGGAGUAAACAGAAUGAUCCGGCUUAUUUCCCUCAUAAUGUGGGUAAACUGUUUGAAUACGGAGAUCCUAGUACGAUACGCAUACGAUCAAAGAGAAAAUGCUUAACAGACUUACCGGAAGAGGCUGCUGUCGAGGAUGUUGCUACCACUGAUAAUGAUAAUGGGGUGAUGGCUGAACAUAAUUAUACUGUGAAAUGUCAUUGUGAGAAUCGCAUUAGCAGCAUGGAAAAUAAUAUUCAAAAAUUAACAGAUGAGAUACGACACUUAAGUAUCAAGUUAAAACAGACUAAAAGCUUUAGCAUCUGUGAUAUACAGGAUAAUGACAGGAAGGUAACUCUAAAUCAUAUUAGGCCCAAUAAAAAAAAGUACCUGUGGGUUGAUCUGAAGGAAUUUAUACAAAAAUUUUUACUGGGGUUAGGAUUGGAUAGAACUGAGUGAACUCAUAAAGUAAUCUUUUAAUAAACUACAUUGUUACUUGCAGUCGAUAGCCUUUAUUUAUUUUCUAGCUUAAUAACGGAGUAACAAAAAUGCUGGUUUGGACAGCUGUAAUAGGGUUCGGCCUCUCAUGACCACAAUGAAAACAAUCCAUUAAAAACUGUAGCCUCUAUUGCGUUCACAAGCCAAUUGUUGGCGGGCGGACAGGGUGACAACAUACUGAAAUGUGCGCGUAUAAGAAAAUAGGGUAGGUCAGGUAAACGUAAACACAGGUAAUUUUUUUUGGGACUUAUAUGUAUAAGCCAUGCAAUAAGCUACAUUGCCAGGGAGAAUUUUGCCUGAACUGCAGAGUUUUCAAUGAAUUCCAAUUGUCAAGGAUUCUUUCACUUACAUGCCAAUGCAUACAUGUGACCUUGGUAUUUCAUACCGUCCGAAUGACAAGCACAUGGUUCUUUGUCAGGUCAUCUGACCACUGACAAGAGGAAAUCAGACUGGAAACAGUGACUUACUGUUUUAAUUACAUGUAUAAUAUUAAUUGUAUGU